CCCUUCACAGCUUGUGUUUUUUUUCUUUUUUCACAAUCUCGGAAGUUGCUAAGAGAUCGUAAACAGUGCUCAGGCUGUAGCAAAAGAUGUGUGGCUGUGCAUCUAGCGCUGCGGACAAAAAGUCCUAUUCUCUCAAUCAGCCGGGAGAUGUGUCUUCUUCGAAGAAAGGCACAAAUUCAACUUCCAAAAAGAUGGCCAAACCUAUUCCAAUAUCCAAGCAGCUGGCUUCUAUAAAAGCUCUAGGGAAAGGCUCAGAUCUGGAGAAAGCUGUUGCGACAGCGGCCUUGGUUUAUGACAACGUUGCCGACACAGAGGGCAAGCUCAGCAAAGCCGAAGCAAAAAAGUUGCUCGAGACUCAGUUUGUGCAUUUUAUGCAGGGUCAGGAAACCAAACCGAAAUACCAAGAGAUCAUUUCUGCUCUCGAGGAGAACAGGGACGGCGAAAUGGACUUUGAAGACUUCAUGGUUCAGCUGCUUAGCCUCACCCUGAUGUCUGAUCUCCGGGAGGAGAUCCGAAACGUGAAAAAAACAAAGUGAUGAAGGAUGCUGGAUAGAACAGAUGUUUUGGGUGAUGGGGUGGGUGGAAGGGGGGAAGGAGAGAGAAACUAAGGGGAGCAUAUUAUUUUUUUGGCAUUGUUUCCAGAAUGAAAGAUAGAUCACUGGUAUUCUUGGCAGAAUUGUGGAGCACAGGCGUACGGGUGACUUCCCCACUUAUGUGGGGUUUUUGUUCUGGCGCCCUGUGUGCAUAAGUGAAAAUUCCGUAAGUGGGGAGCACACUCUAAAUACACUUUUCAUGCCCUCUCUGCCACUGUCUAUCCAAUUCAGAUCAAAAAUGCUGUACCAAAAAUAUCCGCAAUGGAAUUGAAGCUCGUGGGGCAGGGGGCAGCUGGAGGGCACAUGGGAAAGUGGCUGCUAUCCCACACAUCAGCUGUUAGGUGGGGAGGCUCAGCAGACUAAUCAAAUCCCCACUGUGCCUCCAGUCUCUUUUCUGCCCUCGCUGAAGUCCUCUUCGGACUCCGGGGAGAGUCUCCUCACAAGCCACCAGGACUCUCCAGCUCGCUUGCUCUCGCGGCAUUUCCUGGUGUAAAUGGAAUGAUUUAAUUAUUUCCUGGCACCAUGCAUAUACACGGUCACACACAAGUUCAUCGCAGGCAAAUUGGGGGGUGCAAGUAUUCUAACAGGAGAGAAAAGGCUUUUAAUAAAAAAAAAAUGGUUAUCUGCUUUCUGUUAGGCUCUAGUAGUGUGGCCAUCCAGGAUCAAAUGAGUAACCAACAACCCAAAUCUGUGCAGGUUUGCCCAUUGAACUGUGGGACUUAUUUGCAAGUAAGGAUGCACUUGACUGCCAAAGGUUUCAAUCCUGCACACUCUUAUCAGAGAGCAUCUCGUGAAACCUUUGAAUCAAUAAGCUUUUGAGUACAUAUGCAUACAGUUUGGGCUGUAAGAGCAAUAUGCAUUUCAAUUGUGCAUGAAGCAAUAUGGCGAAAAACAGAUACUGGCCCCAAUCCAAAGAUACUGGUGCGCAAGAAGGUGUUGCAUGAAGCAAGCAAUGGGGGUGUGAAGGCUUUGUGUGGUGGCCCUAAAUACCUUACAAGCAUUCCCAUCCACACCAAGGCAGAUGGAAUGGGAAUGUGCACUUUCUGGAGCAAUGGAGAAGGCAUUAGUUGACUCACAUAACUGUCCUGCCCUUACUGAACUCCACCUGCAACCCCAUUCUGUUAGAUUACAUACGCAUUGUGUACCUUCCCUUGUACCGUCUCCUCCACAAGAACCCCAGCUGGGCUAGCAUCUGAAGCAGCCUUAAGGGUGGACCAGGUCUACAAUACUGAAGUAAAAUAGUUUCAUCUCCUAGGUAUGUUCAUUAGCUAGGCUAUUGUGUGGGAAAUGUAUAGGAAAAUACCUAGAGUUAGUAUUGAGGACCUCGGAUGUUGCAAUUAAAUGUUGGCAUAUUGAGCUGAGUUGAAAGAUUAUAUUGAAUCUUAGCCUGAACACUUCAGCUGGUGCAUUAUAACGAAUAAAAUUAACGCUAAACCAAGACAAAUAAUGGUUUAUGUAUUUAUUCUUGCAAAAGAUACAGAGCUGUCAAAAGCACAGAAUUUCCUUAACAUUAUUUCACAUGAAGUACAUUCUCGGUCAUCCUGAAAUUAGUCUAUCUUGGCUUCGCCUCGGGACAAUUUUGUGACAGCUGGAAUCUCUCUUUUCAGGUGGUCCGAAAAUGGGAAGAGAGCCAUUCCAUGUUGCACAAAAGUUACUGGGGGGGGGGACAUUUCUUUGAUAACCUGUACAUUGAUUAUUCAAAUGUCAGGUUUUCAGCUCACAAAGCAGCCCUGAGCCAUGAUAACUUUGGAAGGCUGCACUCCGGUGCACAUUUACUUGGACGUAAGCCCAACAGAUCACAGUGGGACUUCUGAAGGAAAAUGAAUGACAUCAUGCUGUAAGGUUACUGACCACACAAUCCUAUGGAUUCCAGUCCUUGGAAAUAAACUUCAUUGUGCGCAGAGAUGCUUAUUCCCUACUAAGUGUUUAGGAGUGCAGCCUAAAUGCCAUUGACACAUUGGGCAUCAUUCUCAGAAAACACAUUUACGAAUGAUAUUGCUAGGUUUGUCCUGAGAGACUGAAACAGUUGGAGGAUGUGUCUGGGAGCAGGCAGUCUGAAUGCUACCCUAUAGCUUUACCAGCUCCUGUUUAUAAAAAGUUCCGGAACUUCAAGCAGAGUGUUUUAGAGCAAAUGUCUAUUAGCGUAAACACAGUGUCUAUACUUUGUGAAGACUCCAGAGAUCUGAAGGGAAGACUCCAGAUAUUCUUUCCUGUUCUGUGGAAUCUGGUCCUCCAUGUAGGAUGAUGACCAGAUCCAAAAAGAGAAUAGGAUCUCAGUAAACCUUUAAUAAAAUACAGU